CGAGAAGACGCGCGAGGCGACGGGAGGGCGGCCGCGGCGCGAGAUGGAGACCGGGGAGCCGGCGGUGCCGCCCAGGGUGACCAGCGGGCGGAGGUACAAAUCCUUUUAGCCUUGAUUUCUCGAUGCGUGCAAGAUAACUACCAGUAUUAUCAUCUGAUCAUCAAUUUUCUUCUUGCUGGAGUUACCUCCAAGAUCUAUGAAUUUGCGGAUACACAUUAGAAGACAAUCGUCAGCUGAGCUGGAGAUGUUCAAAGAACGGUGGGAAAAAGCCGUAAGGGAGGAUGACGAGUGGAUGGAUCCUUUUGACGCCUGAUUACUUUGGAAGAAUUAUUAUCUGACAUGAUGAUACAAGGCCCACAAUACAUGGGUGGAUGCGUCCACAUUCAUCAUGGAGGUUGGAGCCGAGAUCAUGUGGGCCUCAUAGCAAAACAGUUACUCUUUUGCUGACUUACACACACCACUCUCUUACACACACCACUCUGCCCUCAAGAGCUAGAAGAACAAGUGGGAGCGGCGUCACUAAUACAUGGAGAUACCGAAGCAAUGUGAACGAUAUGCCGUCAUGCAGGCCCCCAGUGAUCAGCAGGAGCAGUCUACUGAUAAUUUUCGUUUUACUGGACCGCAGAUGAAGCAGGAAGCAGUGGUUGAUGCUGAUCGGGUGUGUUUUGCUGCACUGCCUGCAAUCGAUAAGUUUGAUGCCAUGUUAUUCAAAAGCAACACUUAUGCUCGAGAAGCUCUCUACAGAUGGGGCAGCAGCGAUCUCCGUUGCGGUCUCGGAAUAACAAGGAGAAGAUAAAGGCUGCUGGAGCAGGAAAAGAGUCUCGGAAUAACAAGGAGAAUAUAAAGGCUGCUGGAACAGGCAAAGAGUCUGUUCCAAGACGUCCUGCACGUAGAGGGCAACAAGAAGAUGGUACGGGAAGCGCUGCUCGUGCAUAUAACAGCUUAGCUACCAUGGACGAUGGCUGUAGCGAGCUGGCAUUUCUUGGGGAAUGACACUAGCUAGGCCUGCACCGUGUUAGGACUGAAGACAUAGUUGAGUGAAAUAACAUGAAGCAGGUUGAAUGCAUCAAGGUUUGGUUACAGAAAUCCUUCACUUUGACGAGGAGGUUGCUCCUGUAAAACUCGGUGGCGGCGAGCGGCGGCCGUAGCGCAGGAGAUCCGGCGGUUGCCCGGUCGAAGAAAAGAAUCACGCGCAUUGAGACCAUGAAGAGGCGCGAUGGGGAGUGUAGCGUCGGUGCUGGACAGGAUAGCCAGCUGAAGAGAAGCACACGCAGUGCGACCAAGAACUCUGGUGCUGAAAUUGAUUGCCCAUUGAGAAGAGGCACACGCAGUGGGCCUGCCAAGAGCUCCCAUGGGGUUCAUAUAGAGAAAGGUGCCUACAGCGGUGCCGGAAAGGAUUUUCAAUCGAACGGAGACACACGCAGCACGGCUGUGAACAUCUCCCAUGCUAUUAAAAUGGAGAACGAGUCUCUUACCGGUGCUGAAAAGGAUUUCGAAAUAAAGAGAGGCACACACACAAUGAGCAGGAGGAGCUCCAAUGGGGAGAAAAUGGAGAACAAUGCUCGCACAGGUGCCGAAACGGAGUGUCGUUUGGGCAAGUCCAGCGGCAAUAUUAUGGGUGAUGGGUUGGCCAACGCGGCUGGAGGAGAUUGUUGUUUUCAGGGGCCGGACUGCAACGGUGUCGUAAGAGAUGAAAUUGUCCAGGAUUUUGGGACUGGCGGCAGCGUUGUUGGUGGUGAUGGGGCAGCUUGCGUCCCGGAGGGGAUUCAGAGUAAUGUAGGAGCUGAGAACUGUGAGUCUAAGGGUUCGAAGAAGUCCCGUGUCGCCAGGAACGGGUUAAAGAGCAACGUUUCUUCUGGUGCAGAUCAUGUGCUGGAGCAGCGGGGCGAAAAAGGUGCUAGCAUGGAAAGUGGGGUUACCAAGGAGAGUGAUGUAGCAGCCAAAAGGUGCAGCUUUGCAGUUCCUCGAAGCAAUGCUAAUGACCCGAAUUGCCGCAGAGGGCAGAAAGCAAUUGUGCCAUGGAGGUUCUCGGUUGGGUACAAGCGGUCAUUCUCGAAAGCUUUCUGCUCCAAUGGCGGGUCUCUCAAAACUCCGGAAUACAGGGCUCAGGGCAGCUCAACACAGUGCACUUCAGGAACUAGAAGUAUUGUGAGGUGCAUGCUACCCCCCUUUCAAAUGUUAGAGUUUCGAUCGUGCGGGAUUUCUCCUCAGGGAAAGGUGAGGACACCUGAACAUCAUAUAAAAAAGGUGAAAGUUGAAAAGGAUGACAAUCAGGGAAUGCCAAAAAAUGAAGUUGCCCUUGCUAGGGAGAACGUCAUCAGGUCUUUGCGGGAUUUCCGCUUAAUUUACAAGAAUCUUGUGAAUAAACUUAAAGACAGGCCACAGAAAGGAGGAGCCGAUCUACAAGCUUAUAAAAUCUCAGGAAGAGGUGCCCUGCACAGUGUAAUGACGAGAGUUAUGUUGGCCAUGUGCGUGGAAUCCAUGUCGGGUUGAGCUUUGCGUUAUUGGUCUUCAUCGCACACACCGUUUAGGGAUUGAUCAUAUCAAGAAGGAUGAUGAUAGUAAUAAAGGAAAUAGGUAUUCUUAGUCCGUCAUGGUAUUUUAUAGAAAUCCCUCUGAUGUUUAUGACAUUAAACCCGUAAUACAUAUCAAAUGUUUUUUAAAA